AUUCCCUUUACGGCAGCAGAAGCGUAUCUGGCAGACAGACCUUUACGGCAUCAAACCUGCCGCUGCAGCCAUGGGUUCCCGUCGAUUGUUCCGGAUCGGUUCCUUCGGGAGCACCGCGCUCCAUCGCUCCCCGUCACUGCUCGCCUUCCGACCAGAGCCCACCUGUCCACAGGUUGUAUUGGGCCGUUGUCUCCAGAGAGGAUUGUGUUCCCGCCGGGACGAGGUGAGCCUGGCGGAGGAGGCCAGCAGGAUGUACGGGUCUCCGGCUCCCACCAUCUUCUCCAAGGUUAUCGACAAGAGCCUCCCUGCAGACAUCAUCUACGAGGACGAGAAGUGUCUGGCCUUCAGAGACAUCACCCCCCAGGCUCCGGUCCACUUCCUGGUGAUCCCCAAGGUCCAGAUUCCCCGGAUCAGCGCGGCCCGGGACGGGGAUGCUGAGCUUCUGGGUCACCUGCUGCUGGUGGCCAAGAAUGAGGCCAAGAAGGAGGGUUUGAGCGAAGGCUACAGAGUCGUGAUCAACGAUGGGCCGCAUGGGGCCCAGUCCGUCUAUCACCUCCACAUCCACGUCCUGGGAGGACGGCAGAUGACCUGGCCCCCGGGAUAGAGUGUGUGUGUGUGUGUGUGUGUGUGUGUGUGUGUGUGUGUGUGUGUGUGUGUGUGUACCAGACAGUCCCUUUCACACAUGGCAUAAUCGAGUUCUGAUUAUCUAAAUGUCAAUAUUUUUGUAGUAUGUGUGUGAUUUAAUCCAAAUAAAGAUUGAGUGUAAACCUA